GAAAAUCUCUUUUAUAAAAGUAGCAUGGCCUUUAAACUCAUAAAAAAUACAAAAAAACUAAAGAUUUUUACACAAAUAUGACCCUAAAUUAAAUAAAUUAAUUUCACCUGAUCACUGUGAAUGUCAAUCAGCUGUUUUAUGCUCCUCGGAGUUGCUCCACGGGGCAGCUUACCUCCCCCUCCAUUUGUUUACGAACAAGUCUGGAAAGGAGAGCCUCCGACUGAUAGCCGGGGGGCAGCCAAGUAACUGAUAACGCGGGAGACCUACAGAUGCCCGUCGUAAACGCUGAAUAGGCGGUUGGAAACAGUUCUCACCGGAUCGCUCGAGUGUGCAGUUCCUCUGAUGGCGACGACAAUCCAGAGCACCCUAAAAGCGGCGCUUAGGAAGCGCAUCAAAGACACCCUUAAGUGCCUGGACCCGGAGUCCAUUGUCCGGCAAUCGAAAGCAGUCACGGCCAAGGUGCUUGCCAGCGACGUUUUUCGGCAGGCCCAGCGGGUAAGCAUUUACUUGAGCACCACAACCGAACUGGACACCACGGAGUUGCUCUGCGAGAUGUUCCGCCUGGAGAAGAUGGUGUUUGUCCCCACCUAUGAGGGCAACAACAUGAAGAUGGUGCGCCUACGCUGCAUAAAUGACUACCAAAAUCUCCCAAUGACCAAGUGGAACAUUAAGCAGCCAGACUUUAAAGAACAACGCGAAGAUGCAAUGACCAAUGGCCACGGCAUUGACCUUUUCCUUGUGCCCGGUGUGGCCUUCACCCGCUCGGGCGGACGUAUGGGGCAUGGAAUGGGUUACUAUGAUACCUUCUUACGCCAGCACGCAGAGAAGUAUCCCCAAAAGAAGAUAUCCCUCAUGGCCCUGUCUCUGAACGAGCAGAUCGUCAGCAACGAGGAGCUGCCCAUGGAGUCACACGACGUACGCUUGCAUAGUGUGAUUACGGAAUGCUAAAUUUAGAUUCAUAUUUCAUUUAAAUAUUCCAAUUAUAAUCAGAUUUCAAUAAUAAACCUUUUUACAAAUA